AGCCUCCAGCAGAAACUCUUCAGAAUCUUUCAUGUUACAGACUACAAUACUCCCAUCAGCUUGGAGAUAACAUGUGGCUUUUGACAGCUCUGCUCCUUUGGGUUCCAGUUGGUGCGCAAACCGACCUUGCAAAGGCAGUGAUCACCUUGCAGCCGCCAUGGGUCAGUGUAUUCCAAGAGGAAAAUGUAAACUUAUGGUGUGAGGGACCCCAUUUACCUGAGGACACCUCUACACAGUGGUUUCUCAAUGGCACAGCCAUUCAGACCUUGACCCCCAGACACAGAAUCGCUGCUGCCAGUGUCAAUGACAAUGGUGAAUACAGGUGCCAGACAGGUCUCUCAGGGCCAAGUGACCCAGUACAGCUGGAAGUCCACAGAGAUUGGUUACUGCUCCAGGUCUCUAGCAGAGUCAUCACAGAAGGGGAACCUCUGACCUUGAGGUGUCAUGGAUGGAAGAAUAAGCUGGUGUACAAUGUGCUUUUCUACCAAAAUGGCAAGGUCUUUAGGUUUUCUUCUCAGAAUUCUGAAGUCACCAUUCUGAAAACCAACCUGAGUCACAAUGGCAUCUAUCACUGCUCCGGCAAGGGAAGGCAACGCUAUGAAUCAGCAGGAGUAUCUAUCACUGUAAAAGAGCUAUUUCCAGCCCCAGUGCUAAAAGCAUCUUUGUCAUCGCCCAUCCUGGAGGGGCAUCUGGUCAACCUGAGCUGUGAAACAAAGUUGCUCCUACAGAGACCUGGUUUGCAGCUUUACUUCUCCUUCUACAUGGGCAGCAAGACCCUGCUGAGCAGAAACACAUCCUCUGAAUACCAGAUACUAACUUUUAAGAGAGAAGAUUCAGGGUUAUACUGGUGCGAGGCAACCACGGAAGAUGGCAAUGUCAUCAAGCGCAGCCCUGAGUUGGAGCUUCAAGUGCUUGGCCUUCAGACACAAACUCUUGUUUGGUUUCACAUCCUUUUCUAUCUGGCAGUGGGAAUGCUAUUUUUGGUGGACACCAUUCACUGUAUGAUUAUAUAUAAGGAACUGCGAAGAAAGAAAAAGUGGAAUUUAGAAAUCUCUUUGGACUCUGGUCAUGAGAAAAGAGUAAAUUCCCACCUUCAAAAAGAGAGGUAUUUAAAAGAGCCAUAACGUCAUGAACAACAGCAGCUGCAAGAAAGGACAUACCAGAAGCCCCUGGAGGGAGGGCUGCAGCAGCCCAGCAGGUGCCCACCACGGAUCUAGACAGUCCCUUGCCUUCUUCUCUGUGCAAGCACUGGGGUGCAAACAUCUGAAAGUUUAAACACAUUAGAACUAUGAGUCUCAUGACAGAUAUCUGAUUAACUCUGAAAUAAAGCAAACAAAUGAGCUGA